CUCAUAUGACCUUCCAACAAAGCAGCUGUGGGUAAAUGAAGGAGUGGCAAUUUUCCAUAAAACCAGCAAGGAAUCGAAAUAGGGAGCUAAAAUGCCUGGGAUUCAACUUUUGCGUCUUGAGGACGCUCAUGAUGAUUCACCUCAGGCAAGAUCCCUGCUGAAUCUAUUUGAGACGGAUGCCUUACAGCUGAGCAGCUAUAUGAAGGGACUCCUGGAUGUCUGUAAGAAUGUCGUUGACUGCCAGAAUACACUGAAGAGUGCUACUCAGGCGCUUUCCACAAAGCUAGGGGAAUUUGAAUCAUGGAAGUUUGAGCUUGGAAGAGAUGACAGCAUCCUUGUGUCGACCCUGAAGCAGUUUGCUGGUAAUGUUGACCAGGUUAGCACAAUGCACUCUACACUUUCAUCAUCGCUAGAAGACACCGUCCUGCACCCUCUAUCAAGGUUUAUGAACAGUGACAUUGCAGAGAUCAUGAGCAUGAGAGAGCUCUACAAAGCCAAUCAACAUGAUCAUGAAGGAGUUUUGUCAAAGUACAGUAAGGUAUCCAAGAAGAGGGAACACGAAACCAAACAGUGCAUUGAGAUGAAUGAUGAACUCUAUGCUUGUCGGAAGAAACUACAACAGACUGCCAUGAACUACUACACCGCUCUCAACCUGCUGCAGUACAAGCGGACCACGGGUCUCUUGGAACCCAUGAUAGGAUAUCUUCAAGCUCACAUGGCCUUCGUUAAGAUGGGACCACAGAUGUUCACAAGACAAACAGAGGAAUAUCUCUCAGAUAUCAACACAAGUGUCCAGGGAGUUAUGACUGAAAUGAGCGUCACAUGUGAGAGAGCCAGAGAGCAGGUCAGAGAGUUGGACACACAAAACCCAUACUACUACGUGCCUGAGCCGACCCCUGACCUCCAGAUGCCCCCCAAGGUCAUCAAUAGAAAGCGCCAUCAGAUAGGGGGCUAUCUGUGGAUUAGAUUGAAAUCAGGCCUGACUCACAGAUGGGAAAGACAGUACUUCUUCAUCCAAGGGAGUAUUCUAAUGAGUCAAGCCAAAAGUGAUAUUGGAGGCCAUCUUGUGAUAGACCUAGAAGGAUGUAUGGUGCAACCAUCAGAUGUUGAUGAUCGUAGAUUUGUCUUUCAUAUUCAAAAUAUCCAGGAUCCAAAAAAGUCCGUCCACCUUCAGACAAUGAGUACCCUUGAUAGAGAGGAAUGGAUCUGUACCAUCAGGAACAUCAACUCAGAAUACAGCGCUGGAUCAGGAAGCAAUAGGGGUAGUAUCGUGAGUGAGGAUUCUGGAUCUGUUCCCGGGGUCAACUCUGAUGGGAGUUCACCUUCAGGGAGCAUGAGUGGGACCAGAUCUAAGAUCAGGCCGUUAUCACUUCAGAACAACUCAAAGGGAACAAAUGAAGGUCAGAGGUCAAGAUCAGGGAGUAAGGACGUCCCCUCGACCCCGCCCCCUUCGCCCUUUGACACCAUGCUGCCGAGCACACCCAUAUCGUUUGACAUGAUCUCCCCAGGGGAGGAAGUGCCCCCCUCGCUGACCAAAGCAAGCCCCACCCAGAGGGACAUCCCACCGAGGAGGAUCAACCCGUUCAGUGAACCAGCAGGGCAGAUAAGAGUAGAACAGAGUAAAUCCAGUAUUCCAGGAUUCCUUCAGCAGUAUGUGGUUCGCUUCCUGGGGUCAAUGGAGGUCAACCGAGACAAAGGCUUGGAUGUACUCAUGCAGACAAUACGACACAUCAUGGCCGCCAGGGCCAUACACAAUGUCUUUCGAAUGACCGAGUGUAAUCUGAUCAUUACAAAUGACAGCGUUAGGUUAGAAGACCCCAGUAAUAACUCACUGAGGGCUUAUUUUCACUUGAAAAACAUCUCUUUCUGGGCUGCUCACCAGGAAAACAAAAGGUUGGUAGCUUUCAUCACAAUAUCUCGGCCAGCCGACUCGGGUCGACCGACGUACACAUGCCACGUGUUUGAGACGGACAGUGGGGGCGAAGAGAUCUGUCAAUCUCUGAGCGUGGCCGCAGAGAUCUGCUUCCAGGCCAUGCUGAAGACGAGGAUGGCUGGAGGGGCGGGAGAGGGGUACGGAGGAGAGGACAUGUCGUUGACCCCUGGCGGGCAGGUAACGGGAGGUCAUUAUGGCUCUUGAUGGAAGCUGCUGUCACCCCCGCCUACAUUUUUUGCAUGAGUAGCAGAGCAAGAUAGAAAGCAUAGAACUCUCCAGCACCACCGGGAGCACUGACACACCCAUGUCCCCGCCCUCAUCACUACCCCCUUCCAUGGACCCCCCACACCCCAUCCACUCCGGCCCCCCUCCCCCUGAAGAUAGCGAAGGGCUCACUCCACCCCUCUCCGCCUUGGAUCUCAACAGCAAUCAGAAUUCCAAUGUUGCCAUGGCGACCCCAGAUGCCAAUUUCCCCGUCAAUGUCGUGCUGAAUCUCGGAGGGACGACAGCCAAGGAAUCACAAGCUUAGUAAUAGUCAUCUUAUUUGUUCUUUCUGCUUUAAAUGUAUGUAUGUGUAAGGAAGCUGUACGCAGGCUUCAUAUGACUACAAUUUUGUAUUAUUAUGUAGUAGAAAUACCCUUAUCAGGUUUUUAUAUCAGUCAGCUAUAUUCCAUGACUUUUGGCAUAGACAACAAUGUUUAUGAAUUUAAGAGACAUACCAUGCUGUACCAGGCAUUAUACUCUGACAGAUAUCUCUCUCAAAUUUGCUGUUAGCUUGUGUGUGUGUAUCCAUAUUUGUUUGUGUGUGUGUUGAAGUAGAACUUGUAAGCAAUACAAUUGCAUUUCUUAUUUAGCCUGUACAGUGUUAAAAAAAAAAGCACAUAAGCAUUAAUUAUUUGAGAACGGAAUGAGAUUUCCAUAUAGUUGGAGGAUAACCAAUUUUGUGAUGCUUCAAAUGUCUGUUUCCUAGCAACAAUACUGCUAACUCAUAUAUUUUUGGUUUAAUAAUUCCCAAGAAGUGUAUUACUGCUAGCAGACAUUUUGUGAAUAGAAAUUACUAAGUGAUCAUAUGCACAGGGUUUUAAAAAAAAUUAUGUUACCUUGAAAAUUCUGCCUUUAAAUUUUGUCAGGGUUUUUCUAUUAACUGAUAUUUUGUGCAGGCUGAUUUGAAUAAAUAGUAAAACAUGUCUUAUAAAAUGCCUCUGAAAUGGUUGAAUGAGCCUUUCAACCAAAUUUUGUGACUGGACUUUUAUGUUCACCAUACACUGAUUUGAAAGAAAAGUUUAAAUUUAGUAAAAAGUAUGUAUGAUCUUUUAAAAGACUAUUGACCGGUAGGCGGGCAUGCAGGGAUCUUUUAAAAGACUAUUGACCAGUAGGUGGGCAUUGCUAAAAUCACAACUCCAAUUUCGACCAAUUAGAUGGCUAGAUUUCUAAAGAGAGGUAUAUAAUACUUGCUACUUUGAUAAAAGAUGACUUUCUAAUCAGGUGCCACAAUUGCCUUGGAUAAGUAAUCUAGAUUUAGUUAUUUAGUAAUUUCGUAAUUUAGAUUUGAUCAUAAAUAUAAGUAUUGUCUGGUUUAUUUUGUUCAAGAGAUUACUAGCAUGGGAUAUGUUUGCCUUUCCUGGUUUCAAAGAGUAAAAUGUUAGUCAAAUGAACAGGUUAAGUGGUGCUGAUUAGAAAAAUAUUAUUUUUUAUUUUUUAUUGUAAUGCUGUUUGGUUUGGUUGUUAUGAGUUACUUAUCACCAAUCAUCACUUUCCACAAAUCAGAUUACUUUCCUACAAGCUUCAUUAACAUUUGUGCCUUUUCACAUUCUAACAGUACAUAACGCACAAUGGGCCAGUAUGAAAUACUUGUAUAUGACAUUUAAACAUUUUAAUUUGUUUUCGUCAAAAAAAUUAAUGAAAUGUGUAUAUUUACUUUAUGGUUGUAGGUCAAUGUGUAUAUUACAACUAAAAAUAUAGUCAGAUAUGAGUUGUCAUAUAAUUGUUGCAUGGUAGAGGUUGGUUAUGAAUGUAGUUGUUGGCUCAUAAUUGUUGCAAAUUCUACAAUGUCAGCUGAAAUACUAAACAAUCACAUAUCUUUUUUUAUAUACGGUACAUGUAGUUGUUUUAGUAUAGCAAAUUGUUUAUUUAAAUUGUUGUACAUGUACAAGCCUCAGAAUACUUAACUUGGCAACCAAAUGCAAAAAUAGUUAUUUUCCCCUUCAUAAUGAUUUUCACUACUGCGAUGUGCUAUUCAUACAUGUAUAUACAUACAAUUCCUAUGAUUUCUUAUGUAAGUUGGGGGAAUGAGUGACAGAUAAAUGUUAGAGGUGUCAAUUUAGAGAAGAAAAAAAUGGUUCAUUCACUUCUUGCAUCCUUGAGUUUGGUAAAUGAAUCAAUAGAAUGAAAGUCACACCUGCUAGGUCAUUUUACUCAUACGGUUAGGAUAAGAAUACUCAACUUAAUAGAAUAAAAUUAUAAAUUUAGAAUAUUAUGAAAUAGAAUAGAAUAUUCAUGUGUUUAGAAGAUAUAUAGUAGUAAAUUCUGUUGAUUCAUACUGGAAAGUCUCACUUGUAUUGAACACAUUAAUGUAGAAAAAUAUCUGAAUGGCUUUGCUUCUCAAUAUGUAAAUGCAUUAUAAGCUAUUAUUAUCUAUAUAAGGCUUUCAAAUGGUACAAUAAAUCAGUGUAUUUGAUAUCUUAAGCGCAGUACUCGGAUGACUGAUCAAUCUUGUUUUCCUAUUGCUCAGUCAUCUGGGAACUUCAACUAUCGAUAUCAAUAUCACACAAAAACAAAUUCAUAUUUACUGAGGUAAGUCAAAUUUUUUUAUUUCGCUAGUCAGCAUAAUAUAGUUUAUAAUAAUAUUAUAUGGCUUUGUUUUCAUGUGCUACAAGAAUAUAUUUCUCUCGCUAUAACAAUAUUGGACUCGUCUCGACUCAUUCAAUAUUGUCAUAGCUCCAGCAAUAUACUCUUGUAUCACACUCAAUCCAUCUAAUAUUAUAUAAACAUUCCUGAGGUUGAUAAUUACAUGUAGGUUUGAACUAUAUACAUGUUUAUUUUUUAAGCCUGUUUGUAGGUCUUUUCCAUUAAUUUCAAUGACAUUACCUGUAUUCUAAUAGUGAAUUGAUAUCAAACUGGUGUUACAGGUCUCUGUAUUUAUUGAUAAAAAGAUAUGUAAUAAGAUAUAUAAAAGAGUAUAUCUAAUGAUAUAUAAUAAAUAUUUGAAUGAUAUAUAAUAGGAUAUUCCACAGACAUCCAUGUAUGAUAGAAUAUGUUUCAGUAUUUCUGAAGCAAGAGGUUUUAGAGGAAUUUAAGGAAGAUGUCACCUGUUAUAUAACUCUAUCUGUCUUUCAAGGAGUAACACUGUCCAUUCUAUCCCUAUAACUGCCUCUUUGAUAAAAUCACCAAGCUUGACAAUAUUCUAUUAAAGUCGUGUCAUGACUGAAGAAUGGUAGUUUCUAAUGAAUAUGAUGAAUGAGUUUUCAUUUUCCUUUUUAUUUAUUUAUAUUUGAAUUAUUCUGUUGUAAUUAAUAUUCAUUUAGAAUCCAGUAUGGCUAUUGACAUGGUGAGAGACUGUUGUGUUCUCAUUAAUGGGAUUGUUCUGCAAGAUUGCAAAAAAGUGUAUUUUGUCAAAUGUGUAAUUUAAGUUUUGUUUAUGUUUAGCUUUUCUCAAGAAGCUGCAUGUCUUUGUUCUGAUCAUUUAAUUGGCUAAUUAAUCAGCUACUUAACUUGGAAGUAAAUAGUUAAGAAAUGUGAUAGCUUUCAAAUGUGAUAGCUCAGGUAGUAGUAAAUUUGCUUUACAUUUAAAUGAGUUUUUGUUGAUUUUUGAUAAAGCUCAUUAAAAAAACAGAGGUGCUGUCUUCAUAGUAGCUUUAAUAUUGAUUUUGUUGGUUUUAUAAUAACGUAACACGUGCACCCCAUACAUCACAUUCCCCCUUUUUCAUGUCAUAUUACUCUUUAUUAAGUUACAGGGCAAUCCAACCGUUCUGUUACCGUAAGUUGAGUUAGUGGAAAUCAGUGGAAUACAAGUGAGAAGAGUCUGAAGGAGAAAUUGAACAGAAAUAUAGAAAGUCAUGAAUGUUUGAAAUCUGAGAUUACUAAAUCCAUUUAAAUUUAAAAUUGAUAAAGUGCACCUUGACCUUUGGGGUGCAUGUACUCAAAAUAAUCAUUACAAAAUUUACUGGUCCUCAAAAUGACUGUUUCAUGAAACAAUAACCUGGAAGCUGUCUUGUAAAAGAUAACAAUAAUAUAACCGAUUUGCCAAUUUGAAAUCCACAUACCGUAUGUGCAGUGAUCUCAGUUGUC